AAGAAGAGAAAAUGUCUCCUCUACACACAAAUGUAAAGGAAGGAAAAUAACCACACACACACACACACAAAACCCAAAUUUCCAUUCUAUUCGAAGCAAAGGGUACGAAGGAAAAGAGUGAAUUGUUUCCCACGUAUGUAAUGCAUCAGAAGAAAUCCGAAAUUCAGAUCGGAAAAGAAAGCAGUGGCGUCUCUUCCGGUUUUAAUCCCCAACCUUCCACCUUUCCCCGCCACCAUCUCCCACUCCACCACCUACAGCAUUUCAAUUACCACCAGCUAUCCGGCCCAACUGCCACGCCCACCACCACCGAUACGUCGUCUCCGGUUUACGUUUUCCCUCAGAUAGUUACUCAGAGCCCGUCUGAAAAUGAAGCCACCACGCCUCCUCCGCCUUCGGCUUCCUCUUCUCCGACCCCUUACAAGAGGUCCCUUCUGACCCAAACGCCAUCUCUCACCAAAUCCCCAACUUUGUACCGUUUUACCACGCCUCCGCAGUUCAAUUCCCGGAAUACGGCGCCCUUCUUUUCCUUGUCCGUUGCUGCUAAAUCAUCCCUUUACGGAAUCAUCCACCGUUUCAAACACCUGCGUCGUUUUCGAGUUUACAUACGCUUAAUCCUCCCUCUGUCUCUCUCCUUCUUGUUCUUCUUUGUUUCACCUUCAACCCACUCUUUUCUACUGGAUUUCCUAACGGCUUUCGCUUUCUCCGCUGCCCUUGUUUUCUCUCUUAACCUUGCCCUUCCUCGUCUCCCUUCUAUUCGGUUGUUCUUAGCCCGUUCGUUUCCAAUUAAGCUCAAGCCUUCUUAUUCACUAUCAAGGUCGCACUUGCCGGUGUUCUGGUCAAUUGGGUCUCGGCCGAAAUCCGAGAAGGGAGCGAAUUCGGGGUGUUGGGUUCAAGUUUAUAGCAACGGAGACGUUUACGAAGGGGAAUUCCAUAAAGGGAAGUGUUCGGGGAGCGGGGUUUAUUACUAUUAUUUGAGUGGACGAUACGAGGGGGAUUGGAUAGACGGUAAGUAUGACGGCUAUGGGGUCGAAACAUGGGCGAGAGGAAGCCGGUAUCGAGGGCAGUUUAGGCAGGGCCUUAGGCAUGGAUUUGGAGUUUAUUGGUUCUACACUGGGGAUGUUUAUGCCGGUGAGUGGUCUAAUGGGCAGAGCCAUGGCUGUGGAAUCCAUACCUGCGAGGAUGGAAGUCGAUAUGUUGGCGAAUUCAAACGCGGUGUCAAGCAUGGAUUUGGACAUUACCAUUUCAGGAACGGAGAUACUUAUGCCGGUGAAUAUUUUGCGGACAAGAUGCAUGGAUUUGGUGUCUAUAGCUUCGCAAACGGUCAUCGGUACGAGGGUGCUUGGCAUGAGGGCAGACGACAAGGGCUUGGAAUGUACACGUUUAGAAGUGGGGAAACACAGUCUGGCCAUUGGCAAAAUGGAAUUCUCGACGUCCCGAGCACGCAGAGUUUUACAUAUCCUGUAUCCCCUGUAGCUGUCUACCAUUCUAAAGUACUUAACGCCGUUCAGGAGGCUCGAAGGGCAGCUGAGAAAGCCUACGAUGUGGCCAAGGUAGAUGAGAGGGUGAACAAGGCGGUAGCUGCAGCUAAUAAAGCGGCCAAUGCAGCGAGAGCAAUAGCGGUUAAAGCAGUCCAAAAGCAGAUGGGUCACAACAACUACAAAGACAACACUCCUAUUGUGUAAGACUUUUGGCAACACCCUAUUAACAUUCGAAAAUACAAUGAGAUAGCGGCAAGAAGAUGGUAGCUAAUGUGGCUUUGUUUUUGAGAGGCCGUGAAGGAAGACGGUUGAAGAGUAGUCAAUACUUUUUAACAUAAAAAAAAAGCAUAGAAGAAGGGGUGGCGAGAGAUAGGCACCAUUUUCUAGUUAAUUUUAGAUAUCCUUUGUACAGUUCAGUAAAGAUGAGCUAUAUGUGUUAUAAAAAGCUGAUGAUGGAA